AGCGAAGGUUGCCCUGCACGGUGCAGGGAAUUGUCCGUGUGAGGUGAGGGGGGAAAAGGGAAGGAAGGAAGGAAGGAAGGGAAACUCAGCCUUGCUUAGGUUCAACAACGGGGAUGUAGGUGUCUAGACUUACUUACUUGUACUAGUAGUACUAUGUUGCAUUGCAUGAAGAGGAAUCUUACACACAUUGCCACAUUGCACGUUGCACAUUCCAUUACUCCACACAGGUUGAGGUGGGACGCACGGGUGGAAGGUACUUUCUUUGUUUAUUUUCUCCUUCAUUCGUACGAAGUAUUCAUCUGCCUAUUCCCAUCAUACUAGGCAGCAGCAGCAGCUAGGUAGCUACCCAGUUGCCUGG